AUGGUAAUAUUAUCGACGAAAAAGAAUUAUAUUGAUUAUUGGGUUGAAGAUAAUGUUCAAAAACGAUUUUUUGAAAUUUCACAAUUUUGUACAUAUUUACAAGAAUAUUUAUAUAAAUAUUUAUCAAAUCAAAUCGAAACUAGUAUACAAAAUUUACAAAGUGAUAAUCGACGUUAUCGAAAACAAAUGGCAUAUAGAAUUCGAUUAGUUGACAAAGAUGAACAUGAAUCUGAUAUAAAACAACUCUUUUAUAAUUUGAUGAAAAAAUUUUUUAAGAAAAUUUCAGCAAAAUUUUAUAAUCGUCAUGAUAAAGCUUUAAAAUGGUUUUCAUGGAAUAAAAUGACUGACGACAAAAUGAAAUUUCUUCAAAAACUGUUGAAUAAAAAAGUCAAUAAUAUUUUUACGGUUUUAUUAUUAGAAAAUACUAGAUUAUGUAUGUAUUAUUUACCUAUGGAAACAUCUACUACAGCUGAUAUUGACAAAUUAAUGUAUUUUAUUCAAAAUGGAAUUUUACAAGAAGUAAUACAAUUACCCUUGCCACAUGAACGAUCUCAACAAUUAGAAAAUGAUUUCCAUAACCUAGUAUCACAGCAGAUGACAAAUGAUGAAGUUCUAAUUACAUACAAAUGUCUUUUUCUAGAAAAAUAUCCAAAACAAAUUGUUAUUUUGGGUUAUAAUAAAAAAUUUAUGGAAAUAAAAAAACAAAUUUUUGAUAUUAUCGAACGAAAUAUUCUUAUCACAUACAAAUUAAAUUUAUUAAGUAGAUAUCAAACUGAAAAUUUUAUUGAUGCUAAUUGGGAUGAAUUGGAAAAAUUCGAAACAAAAUACAGUGAUUUUGGUGUUAAAUUACGACUAAGACUCAAUGAAUUUUCAGCUCCUCGACAUUUAAAAAAUGAAAUUGAAUCACAUAUUGAACAACUAUGGUCUUGUUCAUCAUCCAUAAUAACCUUCAAUAGUAUUCAAUUACCUAUUACUGUUGCUGAAAACGUUGAACAACAUUUAUUAUUAAUUGCAGAACGUGCUCAUUUUUCUAUUAAAACUAAAUUAAAAUAUAUCGAUCAAUCUUUUGUUGUACCAAAAGCAUCGAUAUUUAACAACCAAAUAUUGAAAUCAAUCGAAGAGCAAUCAAAUCUAUUUUCUUCUUCGAGUGAUGUAUUUAAAAAAAUAACUCUAACAAAUGGAUCCAUAGAACUUCGUACAGGAGAUAUUGCUUUGCAAAAAGUUGAUACAAUUAUUAUUUCAACUAUGUUCAAUGGUUUAAAAGAAGGUGUUAUUGAACGAAUGGGUUCAAUUGAUUAUCAAAAAACGUUUUUACAAAAUGAUGGUACAAUGUAUACAGAAACAAAUGGAGGUAAAUUAAAUUGUAAACAAAUUUUAUUUUCUAAUUGGUUACCUAAAACAUUAAUAAAUACUGAUGAUUCUUUACGUUUAUCAAUACAAACAUUUAUGUCAAAAUCUAUGGAAUUUACAAUUAAAGAACAACAUACAUUAUCAAUUGCAUUUGCUGUACCAGAUUCAUGUAGAAAUCAAACUAUCUUAGCAGAAGAAAUGAUUAAUGAAGCUAAACGACACAUCGAAAUGAACAAAUUACAAUUGAAUAUUUCAUUUGUAUGUUUACCAGAACAACAAACUCUAUAUGAACAAUUCUUUAAUGUUAUACAAAAAAUUCAAGAGCCUAUUGUAUAUUUCGAAUGGCCUACUGCAAACAGAUGUAUAUUACCAAAACUUUCUGAAACAAACGAUGAAAUUGAAUUAAUUGGUUCAACUAGUAAUGUUUUAGAAGCUAAAAAGAAGUUACAAGUUUUAUCUGAAUUAGUUAAACAAAAACAAAAUCCUAUAUCACUAAAUCAACGUCUCAAUUCAGCCAGUACUCAUUCGGCACGAUCUGAAAAUAUGAGAAUGGGUACAUUAUACAAUGUUGUUGUUAGUUAUAGCCAAAACGACAAAAGAAAAUGUCAACGUUUAAUCAAUAGAUUAAGUGAAGAAGGUUUUUCAAUCGGAACAACUGAAGAACAAGUUGAUCUUUGUUCUCAAAUGGAUAAAUGUGAUUGUAUCAUAUUGUGUAUAAGUGAAAAUUAUUAUGAAAAUGAUUUAUGUCGAGACGAAGCUAAAUAUGCUUUUCAAACGAAUAAAAAAGUUUUUCUUGUUAAAAUUCAAAGUUGUCCUAUACUUGGUUGGGAUAAUAAUUUAUUUGAAGGAAAAUUAUUUUUUCAUUCGUAUGGUUCGAAUUAUUAUUUCGAUUUAGAAUAUGGACGAUUAUUAAUUCAAUUACUUCAAUAUACAAAACCUGGGUUCGUUUCAAUGUUGAAACAAAGAUUAAAUCGUACACAACAGCAAGAUGCUGACGAAUUUCGAGAGCUACCAAAUGUAACACAACAAUCAUUCAAUAACAAUCAAAUUGUUGAAAAAUCUGAAAAAAUAAAAAUUCAAGAAUUCAAGAAUCCAUUUAAAAAAUUACCAAGUAUACCAACGAAUACUGUUAAAAUAAAAAUCGAACAAGAUAACCAUGUAAAAAAUAUGAUUUCGAAACGAGAACUCAGUUUCUUCGAAGAACGAUGGUUAAGAAAGUUAAUCGAUAUUUCCAAACGAAAGUCAUUUCUAGUUACACCAGAAAGAUCAUCCUAUGAUAGUGGCGGUAGACAUCAAUUUGAAAUACCUGCAAAUUAUUAUAAGAUUGCAGAUUCAUCAAUUCUUUCAAUUUUUUCCACAAAUCCCUACGGUACUUUUUUUUCUAGUUCAUGUAGGUAUCUUGAAGAACCAUGUGGGAAUCGAAAAAUUCAAUAUCAAGCAAUGCGCCAUUGUACUGUUAACAUGCUGACAGACGAAAGUCCAACAUAUGGACAUCGAACAGGACAAUUUCCAAUAAUCGACAGUUUAUCUCAAGUAUUUCCAACCAUUGUUUCUACUUCUGAUUUCAUACCACGUCGAGUAGAAAUACCUUAUAGAUGUAAUUUCUCGGGCCAUUCAGAGCGUAGUGAAAAACAAAUGGAAAAACGACGUGAAUUGGAUAAUCCAGAAAAUAUGAACCAUAUACGAGAUAAACUUGGUGAAUACUUCAUGAACAAAUAUAAACACUAUACAAAAACACAAAUGAAUGUUUAUUUAAAAUUUGCACAACGAAUGAAAGAUAAUAGUAUUGAAUUUGAAAAAUUCUGUUCGACUGCUACUUUCGUAAAAUAG